GUGUGCAGCACGCUGUACGUCAUUCGGUUUACUUUAUGGAGUUUGCAGCAUAGUGUACCUUAUAUUUGUCGCAGUUUAUGUAGCGUUCAGCAAAGUGUGCAGCAUCGUGUACGCAGUGUUCAGUGUAGUUUGUGUGGUGUGUGCUCUCUGUCACGUUCGGGUGGUUUAAUCGUUAAAACGUACGUGAAUGUUCCCAGCUGACGGAGAGGAGAGAGAUGUAUGUUUGUCGUGUCUUCAGGCGAGCUCCUGAGGAAGAAGCGGCGGGAAAAGGGCGGCCACAAAGACCCUCUGCUGCAGGAGAUCAGCCACCUGCAGGAGGAGGUCAUGGCUCAGAUCUCCAACCUGCGCAAAGAGCACGAAGCCGCAGAGAGGAAACGCAACGAGAUCGAGAAGGUCGCGCUCAUCCUCGGCCUGAUGCCGUCUGACAGGCCCCGCAGGAGCGUCAAACCGGCCGAUGGCCAGGAGGACGAACCGCCGCCACCGCCGCCACCAGAGAAGAAGAAACGUGAGGCGGAGUGGAGUCCUGAUGGACGGCAGGCGGCCAGCAGCUCCACAAUAAAGCAGACUUCAGCCGUGCCGCCGCCGGCCGGAGCGUCCCCAGACAAGCCGCCUAUAGUCAUUGUCGCCGCCCCGGCUCUUCCUCCGACCCCACCCCCGCCUCCAACCCCGCCCCCAGAGCCGUUUGAAUACUAUGACGCCGGAAACCACUGGUGCAAAAACUGUAACGUCACCUCUGGUUCCAUGUUUGAUUUUUUCACGCACUUGCACAGCAAGACGCACCGAAAGGUUUGUUUUCAUAUUUGA